AUGAGCAGAUGGGCUGCUGGUGGGAGUAAGGCUGCCGCUGCCUCAUCACGCUCCUGGGAUGAGUUAGGGGACCUUCGUGGUUCCAGGUCCCACCCUGGGACGAGGCCACCGUCCUCCAUCUCUCGCCUAUCUCUACCCCUCCUCCUCCUCCUCGCUGUGGUGGUCCUCUCCGUCUCCUUGCCCGGGGCCGUCUGCAGCCGCCGCAGAGACAGACUGAAGCUCGUUGUCGCCGGGCAAGCCCACGGGGGUCUGUUCAACGUUUCCGGGACUGGACCGGUGGAUAGGCCCGGGGUCACCGCCGCCGCUGCUCCCACUGGGGGUCCUCCGGAUCGACCCGGGGGGCCGCAGGGCCGACAUGUGCGUAGCUACAAUCACCUCCAAGGGGACAUACGGAGGCGUAAGCUGUUCUCUUUCCAGAAGUUUUUCCUGAGGAUUGAUAAGAACGGAAUAGUCAAUGGGACAAAGAACAAGGACGACCCCCUCAGCAUCCUGGAAAUCACAUCAGUGGACGUGGGGGUGGUGGCCAUUAAAGGGCUGAGCAGCAACUACUAUCUGGCUAUCAGCAGGAAGGGAGAGCUGUAUGGAGCGAGGGAGUUCGGCGUCGACUGCACCCUGAAGGAGCGCAUCGAGGAGAAUGGGUACAACACGUACGCGUCGGCCGAGUGGAGGAACAAGAAGAGACAAAUGUUUGUGGGUCUCAAUGUCCACGGCAGGCCGCUGAGAGGAAAGAGAACCCGCCGGAAGAACACAUCCACCCACUUCCUACCGAUAAUGGUGUGAGGGCAAACUGCAGAUGGCCACAGGGGAGAGCGAGAAUAUAUUCAGCACUGGACAGAGAUUUUUUUUUUUUUUUUUUUUUUACAAAACACUGAGAAACUGAAUAAGGACGUUCGCCGAGACAUGUCUCC